CAAAAGCUCAUCACCAGGGAACGCGUUUGUGGAGAUGUGGAGGCUUGUCAGAAGCCCUAAUGCCUGACACUGGGUGCCCCUUCCUUUUUUUUUGCUAUCCUCGAGGAUACCGUGCUGCACCAAUGUCUCCAACGCCUUUGCAACCCCGUCGCCCUGUUUUCUCUUCAUGCGCCUGCACAACGGAGGACGAGCGACUGCAAGCGACAGGGUUGCUGUGUGCCGAAGAUCGUGUGUGCCAAACCAAUGGGCUUGUGCACCACAUGGCCGGUGUGAACCGUGGCGAUGGCACCCAUGCUGCAGCAGGGUAUGGUUGCGAAGAACGUUGAGAUUGCGGACUGGCUUUGUGCGUAGCGUGGCUGACAGGAUGAACUGCCCCGACGCCACAGUGCCAUUUCUCCGUUUUGUGGAGGCACCUACAAUGAGCGCGGAUGAUGUUGUGAAAACCAUGCGGCACCUGGUACAGGAGCGCUGUGCGGACGUGAAGUUGCUAGCAGCGCUUUCCAAGAGGUUCCACAGCUAUGCGGAGGAGUUUUUUCCACCGCAAAUUGAGGAGUUGGUAGGUCAUUUUGCUACCCUUGGAUACACGGACGCUCACCUACGUCAUGGCACGCUAGGACGCCUGCAGGAUGUCACUUCUGAUGCCUCUCCGCGAAGGGUGUUGCGGCUCAUGCGUGCAAUGACAACACUUCGUUGGCCAGCCAAGGAAUGGUUCCCAGAUGCAGUGCGACCAGCCCUACGUCGGCAUUUGCCAAACUUUCAUGAAGGCAUCCCUUCGGCGCUGAUAUUUUUACAGGAUAUGCGAUGGAAGGACGCUGAGUUGGAAGAGCUUUUGCUCACGCAAGGCUUCAUUGUUGCGGAGGAAUUGGGAGAUGUUUAUCUUGCACGAGUGCUAGAAGCGUGGUCCCGAAUGGGAUCAACUGAUCCUGAAGCUGUGGAUCGCUCCAAGCAGAUGGUGCACAAUAUUUGUGCUGGGGUCUCAUCAGAUCUCAUCAGUAUAGAGACAAGGAUCCAGGGCCCUGGUGCGCAAAAGCACAGAGAGCUUGGGCAUGACCUGCGAGAUGCGUUGAAUGUCCUUGCCACCUUGACCCGCAUGUGUCCAAAGUCCCAAGAACGAUCUACAUUGGAGGCCCAUCUCGCAUCCCAGCUGAGUGCCGUCAACUCUACGGAGGCCAUGCUAGCUUUGCAAUGGCUCCAAAGGUUGGCAUUGGACAGUGCUCCGAUCUGGAAAGCCUGUGCUGAGGUGACUGAGCUGGCCCUGGAGGAGAAGAACUUUGUCCGCGAUCACUUCGCUCAUGCUGUGCACUGCUUGGCAUCGGUGGCUGGUGAGCAGACACAGGCGGCCUUGAUCUCUCAGUUGAUUUCAUCACCGGAGGUCAAACACGGAGCUCCUCGGCUGUCGGCGGAGAAAACUCUGCAGGUGUUGCACGCGGCCAGUAUGAUGGAUCUGAAGGACUCGGUCGUGGCUGACUGGGAAUCACAAGCAGCACGCUUGGCGCGACAGAUGUCGCUUCCAGACCGACGAACCCUGCGCAUUAUCUCCGAUGCACGGCCAACCGCAUCCAAGCUAAAGACCGCCAUGGCCCAACUGCCAAUUGCUCACUUACCGCCUCUGAGGGUGUCUCCAGAGUCUGAUGAGUUAGAAGCAGUCCAGAUUGGUGGCGAUGUUCUACUCCAGCCCAAAGGAGGUGGCAAGGAGGGCAUCAAAUACAUGGGCCAUUGGGACAGCUUGGUGGGAAGAGGAAAGCCUAAAGGCCAGAGCUCCCCAAGCUGUCAGCUGUCCAUCAGAGCGAAAAGGAAGGCCAAAUGCAAGCCUGAAGCCACCAACACUGUGGCGAGCACAUGUGAAGUGGAGCGAAUGAGGAAGGUCAAAGAGCCAUUCCUGGACAUGUUCGUGAGCGCUUUGACCAAGGGUGAUCCUGAUCCUAGUGAGAUGGCCUGGCAUUUGACUUGGAGGUGCAUUGAUGCCUGGAGAAGUGAUGCACCAGCAGCUUGCUCGCUUAUGCUGUUCAGUGAGGCCUUGCCUGGCCAUGUCAACCUUUGUGAUGUGCUGGAGGCAAUCGACUACCAUCAUUACGUUCGUGGUGAGAUAGGCAGCGACCGUUGGGAAGAGAGGCGUGUUAACGCUCAUGAGCUGCUGGAGAAGCUCAAAAAUGUGGAGGUGUCUCCUCGCAGCUUCUCCGUGCUUCACAGAGCAGUCAGCGUUGCUUGUGCCUGGAAGGAUGGCCCUUCAGAAGAACUGAAAGCGCUCUCCUUGGCCACGGCAAAAGCAGUUUGCCAACGUGAUCCUGAGGGUGCCUGUCCAAUAUGCCUUCUUGGCUGGCAGCCAGAAGACAGUGUGCUGGUGCUGUCCUGCAACCAUGUCUUGCACGUGGACUGCUUCUGGAAGAUGAUAACGGCAGCCGGCUCUGAUGCCUUGCGAGGAUGCUGCAGAGUUUGUCGCACGCCAGUCUAUUGGGGCCCUGUUGCGCGCAGCAACCUUCGUUGCACGCUUGCCAGUGCACUGGCAGCAGCACUGGUCAGGCAACAACGUGCUGGAGGUGGGCUGACUCAAGCAGAUGUCACAGAGUAUUGCUCACGUGUGAGUCAGGAAAUAGGGGACACCUUUGAGCAAGUGUGGAUGGAAGUACCCCACCAGCUCUUGAAGGUUCAGCACAAAACGUCCCUACCAAGUCGCGAGAUGGCCAGUUUGCAGAGGCUAUUUGAAACAUUACCUCCGAAUCCAUUUUAUGCAAAUCUUGAUCAAAUAUUGGAAAUGGAUUAUUAG